AUGGCUCCUCAGUUGUCUUUUCAAGGUUCGCAUAACAGCAGCAAGACUCGUGGGAGAAGGAGGAAGUGCUUCUGUGGGGAGAGACCAGUGUUGCGGACAUCAUCUACAAUGGAGAACCCAGAAAGAAGAUUCUGGGGAUGCGUCAACUAUCAGAUCAGAGAAGAAUGCGAUUAUUUUGCUUCGGCAGAGGCUGAAGGGCAAGAUGCACAAAUUCAGAGACUGAAGAAAAAAGCAAGUGUGUUGAAGAAAAAUCUGCAAAAAGCUGAAAAAAAAUUUGCAUUGGCACUUGCUGUUGGAAUUCUUGGAUGGAUAAUGGCUGGGCUGUUGCUAUAUAAUCGAUUUAAUUGA